AUUCUUAUUUCAGCCGUUGGUCGAGCGUGUCCAGUGCGUAAAAGCCAGCAGAAGAUAUCCACCAAAUGCUAAGAGUCGUGCCGAUGUGUCAGAGAAAUUUUAUGAUUGCAGUACUGUAUCAUAUAUUGUAUACAGCACUCUCGUGUAUGACGUUCUAUCGAGAUGGUUCCGUCAAGUGGUGAGAUAUAAUUAUAGGAGCGGUGUUUUUCCAAGCCGAUUGUAAUGGUAUAAUAAAAUAUAUCAUUGCAAGGAAGGCUAUCUUUCUAUUUACGGAUGUUUAUAAUUGGCAUGUUUCACGGCUGUGAAAAUGGAAGUGGAGAACACAGCCAAACGGGACGAUGUUCAACGUUUAACAGAUGAUUCCGAAAAAGUUACUGAAGAAAAUAAAGAGAGUAAUAUCGAGAAUAUCGAUAGAGAAUCAUCAUCGUAUUUUAUAUCAACUGAAAAUGUAGAAGAAAAAUUACCUGACGUGGAAACUCGUCAGUCCUAUACAAAUUCCACGUUAAGUGAACAAACAGAAAAAGAGAAUCUCACAUUGAAUGAUAAUUCAGAUAAGAGAAAUAUUGACAAGGAACAUUCAGGAAAUUUUUCCUCCUUAGAUAAUAAAGAUUACGAUGAGGAAUGUAAGACUGAUUCGACGGAAAAGAAGAUAGAAGAUGCUAGUAAUAUUCAAACGCCUCAACCUCCAUUAGUAUUUACAAUUGACUUUGGUAACAACAAAGAAGUUGACAAAGUCAAAUAUCAGAAUCUAUUUGAGAGAUACAAUGCAAGACAUAGACGAAAUCUUUCUACAUCUAAGGUAGAAGUAAGUGGGAAAAAAGGAAGUGCGUUAAUGUCUCCUAACUUGGUACAAAAGCAAAAGAUUCCUAGUACCCAUUCUGAAGGUUAUUUCAGCAGCGAAGAUGAUACAAAACGCAAAACCGAUUCAUUGACAGAAAAGUUAAAACAACUAAGUACAAAAUGCAUUCAUAGAACGCAUUCUCUCUCAAAGAAAUCAGAUAUUGAUUUCAAAUUACGUGAUGCACCAAAUAAACAAGAAUUAAUGACAAGGUCUUGUGAUGAACAUACAGGAGAUGCGAAAUUAUCGCGGCAAAAUCUUUCAUUGGAACUUGAUUAUGCGUCAAAGUCUAACAUGAAAACAUAUUGGACAUCUCAAAAAUCCGCAACUAUCAAUGAUUUAAGUCAUGUUGAAGCAUGUAAUUAUGAUGAUGACUCAAAUGAAAAAUCAUAUACAAAGAAUAUAGAAUAUAUUGCCAGCGACAAUACAUACGAUGAUGAAAAUUAUUUUGAAGCAUCUAUGAAUAGCUAUUCCCAGAAAACGUCAAAUAUUAAUUAUACUUUAAACGAUUAUAAUUUUGAAAAUCCAAUUCCAAAAGAUAUCAAUUUGUCUAGCAGUGUUAGUUGUACCAUGGAUUUAAAUAUUAGCAACAUAGAAGAAGAUACAAAUUUAGAUGUAUUUAAUGUGAGUAACAUUGAUGUCGGUUCUGAUGGAGCAGUAAGUGAGGCUGGAACAUACACCAUUCAUAAAGAUUAUACAGAUGAAGAAAAAGCAAGGAUGGAUAUCGAUAAAGUUUUCAGUGUCGGCGUUUUAACGGAAGAAGAAAAUAAUGAAUCUUAUGUUCAUAGUUUUAAGAUGAGUAUUUCACGGGAUAAUAAUACAUGGAUAUCAGAGUGGGCUACUCAAGUUGCAGAACAUAAUUCUUUACCACCAGCAAUUGGCGGUCCUACUGGUCGUACUCCUCCUUUAAGUCCAUCAAAGAUACCAUCUCCAAUCCAUUCUAAAAGUCCAAGAAUGGCACGUUAUCGACAUGAACCAAGCGAUAACAGUAUGGACACAGAAUCAUAUCUACGGAUAAAGGAAAGAAUAGAUUUAAUAUCGAACCAACAUAGCUUAAUUGAUUCUGGUGGUGAAUCUGAUGAGGACACAAGCAAUAGUUAUAAUACACCACCACAUAGCUCGCAACGAACACCAGUACAUAAUUCUCUAGCAAGGCGUAGUAGUCUGUCUGAAUCUUUAUUCAGAAGAAUUAAUACCAAUGAUAAUCGAAGAAGUGUUCGUAAAUAUUAUAACUCAGAUAAAUCAAAGACUGAAGAUGGUGGUACAGAGUUAUUAAAGAGUCCGUCCCGAACUUUAGCAUCUCUUUAUUUGGGAAGGAGAAGUAGUUCCUUGGACAGAAAAGAUUACACUUCCGAUACUACAGAAUCAAACACGUCCAGAAAAAAUAGUAUGAAAUAUUCUACCAAGGAUGAUGCCAAACAUACCAAUAGUCCUGUUUUAAAUCGCCUAAGGCCGUCUACACCAAAAUUAACAAACAGUCCUAUUGCAUCUCGUAAAACAUCAUCAAUGAAAAUUAUUAAUUCGCCUAUGUUAGAAAGAGCUAAACAUUUGACAAAAUCUAUGCCACAAGCAAAAAAUAUAGGAUAUUUUACUUGCGUUGAAAAUAGUCCGUAUAUGUUAAGAAAAUCAAAUAGCGCUACCAAUUAUCAUGAAGGAAGUUCUAUUCAUAAUAAAGAAAUUUCUGUAAGUUCUGGGAUACCACGAAAUUGUCUUGAAUUGCAACGGCAGUUAAAUAUACAAAGAUCAUCAAGUAAUGCUAGUAUUGGAAAUAUAAAAUCUCAGGCCAUACUAUCUCGACAUAGUAGCUUUAAUAGUAGUGAUGUGGAUAGAAUUUCUACUAGGAAUAAAUUCCUUGUUGCUUCCGAUAGUAGCAGUGAAACUGGAGAACAACAAUCAAAAUCUCCUAUACAUCCUAUUUCUUCUGGGAUUAAAUUCAAUAGAGCAUUUAGCAUAAGAAGAGCAAGAUUAAAUUGUGAAUCUGAUACAACACCAAAUACGACGCCAGAAGAAAGACGUCGAAAAGCUCAGACUGAUGUUAAGGCUACAACAUCAAUAAAUAAACAGCAAAGUUAUCAACGUGGAAGAACAAGUAGUGUUAGUGCUUUCAAUAAAGAUGCAUUAAAAGCAUCAGAACCCUCAAAAUCCAGAACACCAUCUAUUUCCAGGAAUGAUGCUUGCAGAGUAUGCAUAAGAGCACCAAAAAGUUCUUACCAUGCUUCUACUGGACAAAGAAGUGCACAGAAAUCUAACAAAGAAACUAAAAACUCUGGUAGAAGUAAUUCAACGCUUACAUCAAAAGAGGUAGAGUUUCAAAAUUGGAAAAGAAGAAAAAGUUAUGAUCCGAUGAAAGCAGCUGCAGAAGGAAGAAAAAAACUUGUUGAUGGUUCGAAAAAACAUCACAGUACUGAAGAUAGCUCCGGAAAUCAUGAUAAUUCUGUGUUACGCUCAGCUAGUUUUCAUGGAACCGGUGGUACUCUUUCAUUAGCAAAUGAGUGGUCUGAUAAUGAAUUAAAUUACUCUCAAGAUGAAAAUCAAGCACCUCCUCCGUGUAGCCUACAAUUGGAAAGCGAUAGCGAUCUAGAAACCUCAUCAUAUUUACAAACAACUCAAAAUGUUGUCUCAGCAAUGUCAGCACGUAUGACAGGAUAUCAUCCAUCAUUAGCAGAUUCUGACAAUGAAAGCGAUGAUGAUACCAGUCAAAGUUUACAUCAAAACACGUCAAAAGUAACCCAUCAACCUAGUGACACAGAAACAAGUGAUGAACAACAUGUUACACAACCCCCAAUUUCUAAUACUAAAUAUAAUAGAGCAUUUAGUUUACGUAGGGCAAGACUAGAACCACAACCAACAAAAUCAAUGAAUUCAAGUAUGAAUAAACCCAAAGUUGCACAGGAAACACGUGCGAAGUUAGAACAUAACACUAGUAUAAAUAGAACUGAUUCAGGACGUUUCAGCAUGCGAGCUAAUAGAAUCUCAAGUGCUGGCCUUAAAGGUAAGCCAAAGGAAACAAAGAAACCUGUUAUACCAAAUGCAAGAGAAGUAGAAAUGCAAAAUUGGAAACGUCGUAAGAGUUAUGAUCCCAUGAAAGCAGCAUUAGAAGGACGAAAGAAAGCUAGUUUAUCAAAGAAAUGUACUAAUUCAAAUCUCUCACCAAGGACUGAUAGCGAUCGAUAAUGUAAAGAUAGAGAUCGUCGAUGCAAGCAAGUGCCAUGUAGCUAGAUCACAAAGUUUCCAUGGUUCAGUGGGUCUAGGCAGUGGAGACUGGAGUGAUGAAGAAUUAGCUAUAUCUGCAGAUGAAGCUCCUCUUUACUAAAUCAGAUAGCAUCUGUCUCUAGGAUUAAAAUGUGCAACUAUGUCGAAAGUAAGAUAAAAUCAAUUUUUAUAGACCUUGAUGUACAUAAUUAAACUAACAGAAGUUACUUUGCAAAAUGUUUUAUGCACUCGUAAUCAGUUUCAGAAACGGGGAAAAAAGAAAAAAAAGGAAAAAAAAAGCUGUAGCUAAACAUUUUAUAUAUUAAAAAUUUGUAUAACCUGCAAUAUAUGAUAUAGAGAGAUAUCUAGUUUGAUUCCAUUAUUUAAACUUUUUAUUGAUGUAAACAUUGUGACCACAUUAAUUUUGUUUUCUUUUACAUUAGAAAAGACUAAACAAAUAUUAUGCAAUACAUAUGUAGUAAUUGAAACUUUGGUGCUUAUCACUAUAAUCUCUCUCAAAAAUAAUUAUAAAACUAAUUUAUUUAAUUAAUUUAUCUAUGAUCGAAUAUAUUUUAUAUUAAUUAAAUAGUUUAUAGCCUUCAGUACUUAUGUAAUAAUGUUAUAGCAUAAUGAAUAUAUAUAUACCUUUCUAUGCUUGAUACAUUGAAAAGAAAUUUCUAAGAAAUCUUAUCUUUCAUGACAAAAUGCUCUCUAUGUUAUUGUAUUACAGAUGCAAAUUUUUUUAAUUUAUUCAUUUAUCGAUAUAACAAUUGUAGAACGGUGUAUUUCAUGUGAAAUUAUAUACCAUAAAAAAGAAAUUGAAAAUUUUAUAGUCAACUAAUAAUUUGCUUUGCUAUAUAAUUACGAGUGCACGUACAUAUGUCGCUUAAACUAUAACUAAAAUAAAUUAAAAAAAAAUUUUGUUUUGAUAAAAUGAAUUAUUUUUUUAUUUAAUAAAAUGAAUGUGAUUAUUAUAUACUUUACAGUAAUACAAUAAGUAUUGUAGUUUACUAUUGAUCUAAUUAAUUUACAUGCUUCUUUUCAUCUAAGCUGUGUAAAUAAUAGUAAACCCAUUAAAUUGAUCCUAAAAAUUAAACAUGUUUAUAUAGUUUGUUGAACGUUAUGAUCUAAAGAUACAAAAUUAUAGCAUUAAAUAUAAGCUAUUCAUUACAUAUUUAAUAUCAUUCAAAUAUCACUACAUCUUCCAAAAAAAUUUUUUUAUUGUUGUUCAGAAAAUUCUAUUACACGUUUGUUGUGCCUGUGUUGCUCUAUUACAAAUUUAAUAAUAAUUUUGCAUCCCGUAACAGAUACAUUUUGUCAUACUCCAAAAGCAAAUAUAAAAGAAUUAUCGUAUACUUAGCUUUGAAGAUUGUAAAUUAAUCAAAAAUUAAAAAAUUUAAGUUAAACUUUUAUUGCACAAUUUUAUAAAAAUCAAAAAACAUUUUUCCAUUUAUUAUCUAUCAUACACAUAUUAUUGGGAAUAUAUUGCAAUGAUAAAAAUAAGAAGAAAAAUAUAAAUCUUCCUUAUAACAAUAACCUCUAAAGACAAGUAAUUGUAAUUGCAUCUUUUCCCAAUAUUUCUUCUUUCUUUUUUUUAUUUUUUCUUCUCUUUGUUGGUAAAAUACAUAACAUUAUAAACAAUAUCUACUAAGAACUAAAUAUAUAAUUCAAUACAAAAAAUAUAUUCAUUUUCUAAUAGAUAAAAUUAAAAAUUCUAGUAAGUUACUACAAUUAAAUAUCAUUAAUAACAACUUGAGGAAAGAUAAUUUUUAUAUCUUGCAUUAAAUUAAAAAAAAAGGUGCUAAGUAAACAAUUAAUUGCAACGGUCAUCAAACGCGGCUAUAUAAAUAUAGUCGAAAAAUUAAACAUGAAAUUAUUAUUAAAUAUUGAUUAGCUAUUCAUACUAUAUAGAAUUUAAUCUUCUAAAGUUGGUACUGAUAUAUUAUGAAAAAAAUUAGCUUAUUUUUUACUUGUGAUAUGAAUUAUACUCUCUGUAUACUUUAUAUAGUACGUUAUAUAUAGACAAUUGUACUAGGAACAAAUUAUUAUAGUAUAUAAGCUCUUAUAUGAUAGUAUAUACAUAUAUAUAUAUAUAGGUUUUUAUUUUUUAAUUCCAUAUCAAUGUUGACAUGUUCUUCCCUGCAAAUGUGAAUGGGCUUCCAAUGAGAAGAUCAUUGUGUAACUAUGAAACAAAUAUUUUGUUAAUUCCUACAAAACUUAAAAAAGGACAAUGGUUUUAUUAAUCAUGUCCUAUAAUGUCUCUUUAACGAUCGCUGAAAUAUAUAUUUACUCGUGCUUUUUGAUUUACAAGAACCAAAGUAUGCUACAAUUGGAAUAUUUGAUAAAUCAUAUUUAAUAUAAUUUAUAUCAACUUAUAUUAAUUUAUA